AUGUGGUACCCAUUGGUCCUGUGUGAAGUAGGGGUGGCAGCCAUCAGCCUGCUGGAGGAGCCCCACAUGAGGAGCCCCUGGCACCUGGGCUCCUCUUCUGCCCCAGUGGACAGUAUGAGGUGGGACAGGUCUGCAGCAGGAUUUCUACACAACAGAAACAUCUACAAGGGAAUGGAGGUGCAAGGUGAUGAAAAUAAUCUGCUUCUAUAUGCAUCCAGAUUAAUCAAGAGUGCUUGGGGACCCCACCAGCACCUGGGGGCGCACCUCUCCCGGGUCCGCUCACUCGAUCUCAAUGACUGGCCACCCAAGCUGCUGGCCAUCAUGACCGCCAUGGGCAACACCCUGGCCAACAGCAUCUGGGAAGGAGCCCUGGAUGGCUAUGCAAAACUGGGGCUGGAAGCCUGCAGAGAGGAGAAGGAACACUGGAUCCGAGUACGAGCAGAAGCUCUUCCGGCCCCGCUGCCAAGCUUCGUUGUGCCCCUGGGGCAGCAGUUGCUUUGGGCCAUGGUGGAGGAUGACCUGUGGCUGCUGGUGAUGCUGCAGGUGCACGGCUCCAAGGAGGAGGUGAACGGGACCUAUGGGGACGGGGACGCGUGGACAGCAUUGCACCUGUCCAGCACCAUGGCCAAUAAGAACUGGCAUUUGUGA